CUGUAACUUCGACAACUUAAUACCCAGCAUGAAAAAAUGUAAACAAAUUUUUUUUUCAUGAUAAAUAAUUUUAUUACAAAUGGGAAAGAAGAAACGUUCUAGUGAUAGUUCUUUGAACAGCGAAGUUAUAAGUUCUUCCUCUAAAGACGUGUCUUCUAGCCGUUCUGAAUUAGAUAACAUUCCUGAAAAUAUCCACAUUUUUAAAAAUCCUAAGUUUGUUCUUGCCAAAGCUGCCGGAAAGAAAAAUCGUGUCUGGAAAUCCUUGCGCCAGAUAGCUUCUGCAGAAAAAGCUCUUUCUCGAGCUGUUACUUAUUCAAGCAUUGAUUCACCCGUUUCUCUAAAACCACCUAAAAAGUACUCUGAUAUUAGUGGAUUCGAAGCUAAAUACACUGAUCCACAAACUAAAAUGCGAUUUUCUAAUGCUGCAGAAUUUCAAAUUAUUCGGUCACUUCAGCCAGAAACUGUAAAUAACUACCUAUCUCUUCGUAAAGCAAACUUAAUGUGAUUUAGACGUGUUUAGUUUUCGUAUCUAGAUUCUUUGAAAUGUCUAUUUCUCAGUUAACUAGAGUCUUAACAAGAUCACAUCAUUAUUUUGUUUCUACUCCAAUAUUUUAUGUAAAUGGUGCUCCACAUAUUGGACAUAUGCAAUCGUGUUUAUACGCUGAUGCACUCGCAAGAUGUCGCCGGUUACUGGGAGAUGAUGUCUUAUUUUCCACAGGUACUGAUGAGCAUGGAUUAAAGGUACAACAAGCAGCUGAAACUCUUAAAGUACCUGUUUCAGAACAUUGCAUGCAAAUGUCUUCCAAGUUUGUGGAAGUAUUUAAAGCUGGUGAUGUAUCAUAUACUCAAUUUAUUCGAACCACUGAUGAUAAACAUAAAUGUAUGGUUCAAAAAUUCUGGAAAAUGCUGGAUGCCAAGGGUUGCAUCAGAAAAGAUAAAUAUGAGGGUUGGUACAGUGUAAUUGAUGAAGCUUUCAUUCCAUCAUCUCAAGUUAAAGAAAUCAAAGAAGGGUCAGAAUUCAAAAUGGUAUCAAGUGAAACAGGAUCACCAGUAGAGAAAAUGUCAGAAGAAAAUUAUGUAUUUUGCCUUUCUAAAUAUCAAAAUGACAUUUUAUAUUGGCUUUCCAAAGAUGUGAUAAAGCCUUCUAUAUUUCAAGAUGAUGUAAAAAGAUUUGUUGCAGAAGGCCUGAUUGAUUUGUCUGUCUCCAGACCUUGCUCUCGUCUGUUUUGGGGCAUACCAGUUCCUGAUGAUGAAACACAAAUCAUUUAUGUUUGGCUUGAUGCGUUAGUUAAUUAUUUAACUGUGAGUUCAAAUGAUUCCACUAGUUCAUUCUGGCCACCUGAUUGCCAUGUUAUUGGAAAAGAUAUACUAAAAUUUCAUGCAAUAUAUUGGCCUGCUUUUCUUAUUGCUGCUGGUUUUGAACCUCCGAAGCACAUUUUUUGUCAUUCUCAUUGGACUGUAGAUCAUGAAAAGAUGUCUAAAAGUAAAGGAAAUGUUAUUGAUCCUUUAACGCUGAUGAAAAAAUAUAGUCCUGAUGGAUUUCGGUAUUUCAUGCUAAGAGCAUCAGUUCCUCACUCUGACACAAAUUAUAGUGAGGUGAAGCUACACAGAAUGGUAAACGCGGAGCUAGCUGAUAAUUUAGGGAAUUUGCUCAGCCGAUGUUGUGCCACUGCCAUUAAUCCUGAUCAACAAUUUACACACUUUUAUCAUGACACUCUUAAGAGUUUGUCAGAACCAGAUGUGCAUGCCCUUAUUAAAAAAGCUUCUGAACUACCAGGUCAAGUCCAGGAGCAUUUCUUGGGUGGAUACUUUUAUAAAGGCUUGGAUUGCAUCAUUGAGUGCCUGAGAGACACAAAUGCAUUUAUGCAGUUUAACAAACCUUGGGAACUAGCUAAGCAAAAUGAUGAUGUGAGCAAGAAAAGACUAUCAACUAUUUUGCAUGUUGUCUUAGAAACAUUACGUAUUUGUGGUAUUUUACUUCAGCCCAUUAUACCAACGCUAUCAUCUAAACUUUUAGAUAAACUACAAAUCUCUAAUAGCGAAAGAACUUGGAAGAAUAUUUGUUGUUUUCCAUCAUAUUAUAAUGUUCCGAAUUCUUUAGAGGGAAGACCACUUGGACAUAUCCAGCUCCCUCUAUAUGGUCGAAAAAUUGCAUCAUACAAAACUUCUGGAACAUGACCUUGUUGUCAUAUAGGUUAUCAAAAUUUUUUGUAGUUUUUAUUAUUUUGGUUAAAUCAAAGUGAGAAAUUGAUAUUUCUGCUAACCUUAAAAAUAAAUUCCUAGUUCUUGA